AUCAUCAUGCCAGUUUUCAGUAAUGCGAAUUAAUGGGAAGGAAAGAAUAUUUUAGGAAAAUGGUUGAAGGUGGUGGCGUUGGCCAUUGCAGACAAAACUGGAGAAGAUGAUAAUGGAAGAUUUUGAGAAAAAGAUGAGCCUAACAGAUCCAAUGGAAUUAGAAACCCAACACCAAAAUAACAACAAAUCCUCUCAAACCCUAAUUUUGCUUCGCAGAUUCCUUCUCAUUCAGCAGCGUAGAGCUCAAGCUUAUGCCAAGCUCAAGCGCAGGAGUUUUGAUGAAUAUAUGGUUUCAGGAGGGGAAUUAGCUUACCAACAGCUUUGCAGUGAGAUCACACUGGAGUUCAAUGACUGCUCUAAACAAGUCCUUGAAAUGGAGUUCCUAUUUCUAAGUCCUGAUUAUGGGCGUGUUGAUCUUGCUCAGCUGCUUAGAGCUGUUCAAACGCAGGAAAAGCAGAAAUUACAUCUGACUGCAACAAUUCAGGUAUUGAAGAAGGCUGGUCGGCCAUCAGAACGUUUGUUAAGCCAUGAAAAUUGCAGAUUUACAAAACCAGUGGAGCAUGAGUGUGUGCAUGUCCAUGAAAUAACUGAAGCUGCUGGAACUGAAGAGGCAGAAGCAGAUGCCGAGUAUGAUAAUGCACUCAAGGAAGCCAUUAGAGGUGUGCAGGACGCUGUGAUUGCAAUAAAUGAACAUUUAGAAGAAGUCAAGUAUGAGAUUGAUGCCCUUGAAGCUGAGUGACGCUUUUAACUGAUUCAUCACAGUUGAUAAGGAGUCUGAUAGUGCAGAAAGGGGAAAAAAAUAAAUGUAUUGGAGUCUGUUCAGCAAAUUGGUUUAUUUUGAUCAGUGACAUGUAUAUAAGAUGCUCUUGUGCUUGGUUCUUUGUCCCUCUUUUGAUGGCUUAAGGGUGUAGACAGUACUUCUAUGCUAGAACUUCCAAGUACUGAUUAAAAUCAACAACACUUUCAACC